UCAGCUCGGACUCUCGUACUGGGAGAGAAGUUUGGUCGGUCGCACCUACAGAGAGGCAUGUGACGGUACGUUGACCGAUAACCGAGGGACCGAGGAGCCUGUGUUGGACAUGUCAGCCAGGUUGCACCGAGACACCGGCAGGAAGCUGUCUGCAGACGGCCAGCAGCACCGGCACAGCGGGAUGGCUCUGCCCGUGCUGUUGGAUGUGGUCAGAGGUCCCGAACGUCUUCCUGCAAACGAGGCGGCACAGGAAAUGCUGAGAGGGAAACUACGCAUUCUGCAAGCUGACAGCACCGAGGUCAACGCUCUAUUCAUGGAGUUGUCCACUCACCUCAUCUCCAUCAGCAGUGAAGAAAAAAUUAUUUUUGUGACAUUCAAAACAUUUGAGGAAAUAUGGAAGUUCACCACAUAUUACACGAUAGGUUUCUUGGGUCAGUGUAUGGAGAAUCUGUUGUUAGACCAGAAGUUUUGGCUCAGUUCUUUAGAGGAGGACGUCGCUAUUGAGGUUUCCAUUCAGGAGGACACGCUAAACCUAAUGUACAAAGGCAUCCUCAUGCAGGAAGGUUCAUUGUUUGCUAGUUGCAGUACCAACCAGAUGUUUGACAGCUCCACAUCUGGAGGUGACCUGUACCUGGAGCAGGGAGACAUAGCCCAGUUUGAGCCUCCCUUCCUGGGCUCUGGGUGGACCGUCCUCUGCCUGGCAGAUGGAGCUCGAGGCACUGCACCCAAACCUGCUCUCGAGCCCGUCAUCCCUUUUCAUCAAUGGUUUCUCAAAAUCGGUGCAGACAGCAUUUUAGUUGGUGAUGGGAAACCUGCCUGUGACUUCCCUCUGCAGUUUGCGAGAGGAACCUGCCUGGCCACAAUGGAGUAUGAUGCAGAGGGCCCAGACGAGCUCAGUGUCGCACCCGCUGAUCGCAUCAUCAUCGUGGGACUUCUGGUGUCUUGUUUUGAUUGGUUCACAGGAAGGAAGGAGUCGACAGGAGAAGUAGGCCUGGUCAAGACAAGCUUGGUGAAACCAUCUAGUGAUAUUUACGAAUCAGAAGAUAUUUUUUUGGAUGGAGAAAAAGGGAAUUUCUUCAGUCUGCAAGAGGACAAAGUCAUAGAGGAAACUACUGCCUUAUUGAAGAAGAAAUCUCAGAAUGAUAUUGGUCAUAACUACAAACUAGAUAUGAUCAGUUACAACUCUGGAAAGAAAACAUCACUCAGCUCUUCAAGCAAAGUCGAUACACAGCUGCCUAACCUGAAAAGAAGUAUUCAGAGGAUUCUUGAUCAAUCAAAAGACUUGCACUCAGAUUCCGUUGUGACUAUGAACGGGACUCUGGAGUACUCGGCCCUGGCUACAGAGGCAAAAAACCCAAGCCCUCCCUGUUACACAGUUCACCCAGUUGUAGAAGGAAACAACAACACUGAGAACUUCAUUCCCCUCUUCUCUUUUUUGGAGGGACAAAACUACAAAGAAGAGUUUGGCGUCCUGUACAGACUAAGUUCUGAGCUCCUUGCCUCCUCUACCUUCACUGGUCACUCUGAAGAAGAUGAGCUGAUUGCCUUCCUGGGUGUUGCUAGAGAAACAGCCAGGAAGAAGCGACUCUUUUGGUCACAGACUCGUUUGUGCUUUCUGUUGGGUAAGCUCUGUGCCGGGAGGUCAAAAUUCAGCCAGGCCCGGGUUUACUUUGAGGAAGCACUCAGUGUGCCACGAGAAGUCUUCACGGACCUCAGGCUGUUGGGCAGCAUCUAUUCCAACCUGGCUGCCGUAUAUCUUUUGCAGAAAAACACUGAACGUUUCUUUGCUGUGACAGAGCGACUUGUUGCCUUGCUAUUGGGAAUCCCAGACUGCCUAGAAAGCUUAGAGGACAACUCUGCCCUUAGAUACAUCCUCAAGAAAGCUGUCCUCACUCACAACAAAAUGGCAGAGGCUCGGGCUUGUUACUUGUUGGCGAAGCACCACUGGACUCAUACUGAGGGGGUUCGAGUUGUUCCUUAUCUUGAGAGACUACUUGUUCUUUGUGGUGAAGAUCAAGGAACAUGGAGCAUCUCUCCCAGUCACGGAUACGUGACCCUGGGAAGGCUCUACAGCGAACUCCAACUUCCCCACCUCAGUGUCAGUUCGGCCAGGAGAGCUUCUCUGCAGUCUUCUGCUACACUGGUUGACUGUCUUAGCAGCAUGGUUCUAGCUUUGGACAAUGUCAACAGACUGUAUGGGAUCACAGAACAGGAAGCCUUUAUCCCACCUCAAGUGGCUCCAUAUUUCCACCAAGCCCUCUCUUCUACCAAAUUCCAAGGAGGAGGAAGUGACCAGUAUCAUAUUUUGAGCCAUCAGCUUACUGUUUGUCUCGGUCAACUCUUUUCCAAGCACAGAAUGGUUGGACACGCUAUCUGCCAUAUGCAUAACCUCAUCAACAACAAUCCACCUUCACGGCAACUCUUCAGAUCUGUCACAGAAAGAAACAGUUCCCUUAUCUGGCUGGCAUGGCUUCACAUUGACAACCAUCAGCCAGAUGUUGCUUUGGAUAUUCUGGACUUAGUCCUAGCGUCCAUGCCAGAACACUGUACUACCCCUCAGGAAGGUGUGGUCCUCAACAUGCGUGGUGUGGCACUUCGAUGCAUGGGUGACCUCCGGAGGGCAGCAGAAAGCUACCAGGCUGCCGUCGACAUCUGCCAAGAGUAUGAGGACAUGCCGAACUGGGCUGUAGCUCAGGCUAACCUAGGGCUGUUAUGUGUGAAGGCUGGAGCUAAAAGACUAGCACAGAGACACCUGACUGAGGCUGUGCAGCUCUUCUCUGAGCUUCAUGAAGUAGGUCAUGAGGCAAACUUCAUCACAGUGCUGCUGGAGCUGGGACAGCACUAUUUGAAGCAGCACCAGCUGGAGUAUGGGAAAAGUUGCUACGAAUGGGCUCUGCUGCUGGCUAUAAAUGCCAGCCUGUUAGACUGUCAGCUCACUGCAACCAAACACCUUUGCCAUCUGUAUGGGGGUGAGAGUCCAGACCAGGCCCAGUGUAUCAUCUAUAGCCAGCACCAGGUAGAACUGCUGAAACGCACAGGAGAUAGAGGAAAGGAGGGAGAAGCACUGGAGGCCAUCGGCCAGCUCUACCUCUCUUUGGGCACAGAAAGGGCAUACCGGGCGGCUCUCGACAACACCAAGAGCAGUUUGGGUAUUUUCAUCGACCUGGGCUACAAGGAAAAGGAGGCCUAUGGUUGGCUGCAAGCUGGAAAGAUCUACCACUUACUGGAGCAGACUGAACUGGUGGACCUUUAUGUUCAGGUAGCUCAGGAUGUGGCUCUGAGUACAGGAGACACCAGGUUUAUUCUGAAGCUUCUGGAAGCUGCAGGAGACAUUUUCUUCAACAGCAGCCAGGACCGGGACAAGGCCAUCACUUUCUACAGGGACCGCGCUCUGCCCAUUGCAGAUAGGAGCAACAGUGUUCGUUCCAGGCUGAGGUUGUGUAACAAGCUGACGGAACUGAUGCUCAGUCUCAAGCUGUAUGGGGAUGCUGUGGAGUUUGCUCAGACUGCACUGGACAUCAGUAUCACCCUAGGUGACCAUCUGAAUGAGCGAGUGGCUUACCACCGCCUGGCCUCUCUGUACCACUGUCUGGACCAGUAUGAACUGGCCGAACAUUAUUACCUGAAAACCCUGACCCUCUGUCCAACACCUCUGCUGUUUGAUGAGGAAACACUGUACUAUGUCAGGGUGUACCAGACACUGGGGGACAUCAUAUUCUAUGACAUGAAGGACCCAUUUGACGCUGCAGGCUACUACCACCUGGCUCUUGCUGCAGCCAUAGAACUGGGCAACAAGAGGUCUCAGCUGCAGCUGUGCACCCGCCUCGCCACCAUCUACCACAACUUCCUAAUAAACCGGGAGCUCUCUCUUUUCUUUUACCAAAAGGCAAGAGGAUUUGCUGCAGAGCUGAAUGUGAGGAGGAUUAAUAUCUCCCCAGAUCAGCUUUAUAGCAGCACCUCACAGUACAAGAAGAAUGGACAACAGUAAAGACAGUUUGUCAGGUCUUUGUUUCACAAAAAUUUGCAUAUAGCUAAAUGAAUGUUCUUUUAUGAUACAGAAAAAAUAUGUUUCAUGAGAAGCCUUGCAUUAAGACUACAGCACAGAUUCAACUGAUCCCAAAGGAAAAUCCAUUUUUAAGACCCUACUUUGAAAAGAUAAUGAAGGUCAGGGUGCCCAGGAUGUCCGUUCUAAUCAUCUAUUGCGUUUUAAAACCUUUCUCUCAGUCCUCUGUUAGAGGUCCAGUGUGUAACAGUUAGGAGGAUCGCUUUGCAGAAAUGGAAUGUAAUAUGGAUUAAUUGCUAUGUUUCUACAGUAGCCCAGAACAAACAAACCAAACACUGGCUCUAGAUAGGGACUUGGAAUAGGAGGGUAAAGCAAGGGAGUUUCGAUCUGCAGCUACACCCCUAUAUACCACUUCAUGCUAUACACUAGACCUUUAUUCUGCAGGAAAUAAACAGAUAAAUUAAAUAAACCUAGCAAAAAAAUCUUUAAGUAUUUGUAUGUGAUGGUUUAUAAACAAUGGGUAGAUGUGUAAGGUCUGUUGAUUUCAUCCUUGCAUGUUUCCCAGUAUGUACAUAUGUACAAAAAUGAAGAAAACCUAUUGCUUACCCAUUACACUCAACUAUUAAAAAAAAAAAGGUGCCUAUUGUUAAAAGACAUAAAUGAACGGCAAGAAAUGCAGAUUUUAACUGAUUACUCAGAGAGUAAUAGCUUGUGGAGAUUCAUAAAGCAGUUUGACUUAAAAAUAUUGGCAAAUGAAAAUUCAUGCAGUGUUCUAAAUAAGCACUCCCACUGUACUGUAUACUAUCACAGCUGGUUAUGCAAGGCAUCAGGGAUAGGACCCAAACACAGACAGAUGAGGCAGCAGGAUGAUUUCAGAAGAAGAAAAGUUUACAAACAUCUGAUAGGUAGACAGGCAGGUAGGUAGUUACGGGUCCAGGUAACAAUAAAAAUAACAGACACUCGAACACGAACACAAAGCUAGAAAACAACAAAGAAACUAGGACAAACUGACCUAGGAGUGGGAAUGGGGUUGCAGGGCUGACAUGACAAGAAAUUAUAGGCAGGUGAGUAGAUGGGUGGAGCAGUCAGGUGAUGGGGAAAGGAGAGAAUGUCCAGGGCGUCUGGUAGAUGGAUGGUAAUGAAGGGACCAAGGGAUUAUACGGUCAGAUGCUAUAAGAGUUUUGGUAGUUCCCAUUUUUUUUGUUAUUGAGUUCAAUGACUACAAUGUCCCAUUUCAAAACUCUGUGUGAACUGGUAACCAGUCUGAGGAUGUCCCUGCUGACACUAAAGCACCGUGUUUUUUAUGGAAUCUGGAGAGAUUGUGACUUUUUCAAGAACAACAUACAAAAUGGUUGAGGCAUGGGUCAGUCCUGCCCUGAUACUCAAGUUUGAACCAGGACGUAUCUUGCAAUCCAGGUGACCUUUACAACACUUUGUUUGCUAAUUUUAAUAUCCACCUUCAUUUUUAUUAAAUAAAAUGUUACAAUGUGUGGACAUCUUUAAAGAAGUCAGAAGAAUUGAAGAGGCUUACUUGUUAUGCUACGUCCUGGAGGAUUUUUAAUAAAUCUGGUUGCAUGACGUCAAGGUCCAUCCUGUCAGAAUCAAUCAAAUGCUUGAAUUGCACUUUUGUUAGAUUUCCAUAGAAAAAGAGCAAUGUAAGCUAAGUAGGGUUAAAGAAAUGCCAUUUUAGAAUAGGUUUAUGUGGUUUCAAGCAGGAAAUCUUUAAAUACACCGCACAGUAUUAUGUUAUGGUGAGAAACGACACACUGUCAUAUACUGUACAGUGGUCAGCUGCCACAUACUGUAUAAUAUGCAUCUGUCAGCAAGCAUAGAGACCACAAAUACAAGGGUAGAUUGAAGGCUAUGAAUGCCACAAACUUGUUAUUUUCUGCUCUUUUGAUUUAUUGUUUAUGUUAUCAGCAGGCAAAAUGGGGAUGCUUCAAUGUCACCAGUAUGCAGAGACUGAACUCUAAAAUGACGUAGUCUGUCAGAGAUGGAGUUCAUGUUGAGGGAAGAAACAGCUAUAGAAGGAGGAGGUCUAUAAAGCUAUGUUAACAGGCAUUCAUGUUCAGUUUCUGUUGCUUGUGGAUUUAAUGAAUAACCAGCUAAGGCUGCAAUCAGCCUCAGAAUCUAUGUAUAGUACACUUCAAAUAGAGUAGGUCUGCCUUCCUGGCUGCCGUCGCCAAGUGCUUGCUCAUGGUGGGAACUGUUGGGUCUCUGCACUCUAAAAACAAAUGUCUUAGCUUAACAAAGAAAAUUGUUUGAGAGAACAGUUUCCAUCUAUCAUUUUGAGUUGUGACAACAUAGAAUAAAAUUAUGUAAUGAACUAUAUUAAGUAAGGUGAAUUAGCUUUUCCUCUACAAUGAAAGGUAUUUUUAAUUACCACCUACUUAAUAAUUAGUAGCAUAUAAGUUUUUAAGUUGAUUAUACGUAAAAUUAAGUUGUUCCAAAUAGUUUCCCCACAUUUUCUAAAAGGUAUUUUCAGUGUCAUGUACUUCAUAACUAUAAUAAUCGUUUUUAAGUUGACACACAUUUUUAAAUUUUAUGUAAGAAAUUAAUUAAACAAAACUUUUUGGCAAUGUUUGGCAGCUGUUUUUAUUUAGAAUUGCAGUUUAGCAGUGUUUGAACACACAAUUAAAUUGGCUGGCCUUAAAUUGUCCUAUACAUGGCCACCAAUCUUCUCAAGGUCCUGCAGUCUUUUGUACACAUUGUACAUUUUAGAUUAAUUUUACAAAAACUGUAACAAACAGCAGCAGACUGUCACUAUCAAUGUACAUUUAAGUUCCAAUAGCUCAGAUUCCCAUCAACAAAGCCCAACACCUUGAGAUAUCCUUUCCCUCCAUGAUGGUUCCCUUGACCAUGAUGCUUGCUGUCAUAUGGUCAGAUUCUGGGAUGGACCGGUCACCAAACCUCAAAGUGGGAACAGGAUCUUUCCAUCACUCCAAAUGCAGAUUUCUGGUCUCAAAUAUGCAAAAAUAACUUCACUCACUGCAAAAUCCCAAAUUUACAACUCAUUCAAUUCAAGGUUAACCACAGAACAUACAACGCGGGUGAGAGAUUACAUAAAAUGGGUUUCACUACAUCAGAUCAAUGCACUUAUUGCACACAGCACACCACAGACAAUUAUAUGCAUGCUUUCUGGCACUGUACACCAAUUAGACAAUUCUGGAUACAAGUCACAGAUCACCUAUCACAUAUAUUAGACUGCCGCAUUCCCCUAUCCCCUCAACUCUGCAUCUUAGGAGACAUGUCAUCAGUACAAUUACAUAAUCAUAUUAUAACUACACUGUUCACAGCUCUAGCUGUCACCAAGGAAACAAUCCUCCGAAACUGGAAAACAAGAAAUAAACUGAACAUCACACACUGGAAGAAUCUGUUAAUAGAUCAAAUUUCAAUGGAAAAAAUGUCAGCAUCAAUUAAUCACAGCAUACCCCGUUUCAACAAAACUUGGUCCACAUUUAUUCAAAAAUCCACCUCUACAAAUGCCUGAUGUCAAUUCCACAGAACCUGGCAACACACCUCUUUUUCUGUUGUUAUUAAUAUCAUCACCAUCACUGAAAUAUCCAAACAUAUAUACAAGCACUUAUAAAUACAGAGUACACGCACACUUACACACAUACUCACAUACACAUGUACAGCAUAUAUACAAAAUUCCCCCCCAUUGGUUAGGCCACCUCCUUGUCUGUCCGUUUGUCUGUCCGUCUGUCUGUCUGUCUGUCCGUCUGUCUGUCUGUCUGUCUGUCUGUCUAUCUGUUUGUCAGUAUAUAUGUAAGGCCACACAAUAAACCUCCUCCUACUUGUCUACCAUCAGAGAUCAAUGUUAACAACACCUGGUGUAUUACUAUGUACAUUUAUUUUAUUUUCUGUUUGAUAAUUUACCUUAUUUCCUCCAUAUGUUGUUUGAUUUGUUUUUUUGUUCUGUAAAUAAAAAUAAAGAUAUGUCCUCCAAAAGUGGGGGGGUGUCGGCGGGCCAAAAAAAAAAAAAGCCCUGGUGAACCUGGACUUGGGAAUAAAAUAUUGGAAGUGAAAGUUAAAAAAAAAUUAUAAUUUUAACUUGCAAUCAUGUAUUUAAUUAAGUGGUGAUAAAAGGGCCACUGAGUUACUUUUUA